AUGGGUCGUUAUUACAAUAUUUUAAAAGAAUAUAUGAAAAAUUCGUCGUUACAUGGUGUCAAAUUUUUAAUCGAUGACGAAAUUUCGUUUGUCGAGCGACUAUUCUGGUUGUUUGCAAUAAUUCUGAGCUGGAUUGGUUCCGGUUUUUUAAUCAUGUCUGCGUUGGACGCAUUUUAUCAUAAUGCCAUUAGUUUUGUGGUUGAAAGCUCAUAUCGCGAUUGGACAACCAACUUUCCGUCCGUUGUUGUUUGCGAAUCGAAAAAUAAUGACAAAAUUCAAGGAGUGGCCGAUAAAAUUUGGGGCACCGAUCAUGAUUUUACUUUUGAAGAAAUACUGAAUGAAUUAACGUUCUUUCGUGGUGAAUCGUAUCAUGCAAUUCGUGAGUGCGGACCUGAAUUUGAAUUUGAUUGCCUCACCAUGAAUUUUACCGACCUCGUUAAAAUGAUUCGAAGCAGUUGCGAUGAAAUAUUCAGUAUAUGUAGAUGGAACAGCGAACAUUUUGAUUGUUGCUCAUAUUUUUUGCCGAUACAAACUGAAGUCGGCCUUUGCUAUGCAUUAAACUCAAUUCAUUCCGAAGCGUCGUCAAACGGGAAGAAAAAGAGACUCGAUACAUUUUCGAACAAAUACACCGGACCGGGAAAACUUUAUAUGGAAUUGAAAACGGAAUCCAAUAUUUUUACAAUUGGGGAAGAAGAGGUGCCGCACCUAGUGACCCCAAAAUCAGAAAUUUUGGCCGUCGGCCCAUACAUUUCUUAUACACGAACAAUCUCCGUUAAAAACAUCGAAAAUGAUCCAUUGACUCGUGAUGUGAGCGUUGAACAGCGAAAUUGUCGCUAUAGCGAUGAAAAUAUUCUUGAUGUUCACAACUAUUAUAGCUAUAGUGCAUGUUCGGUUCAGUGUCGGAAAGAUAAGCAGCUGCGUAUAUGUAAUUGUACAAACCAUUUGAUGCCAAAUGUACCAGUCACACAGCAUUGUCAUCUUGAAGGCUUGCGAUGCUUGAAUGACCAUUAUGAGGAAUUAUCAGUUGUGAUUGCUAAAUGGUCUAUUGGGAAAAAAGGUGUCGUUUGUGAUUGUUUGCCAUCGUGUAGUGAGAUUGAUAUUUCAGUCGUCCAUGACACGCGCGAUAACAUAUAUGGUCAUUCGAGCCCAUUGUCAAUGGUAUCAAUUGAACUUGCUAGCUUGCCAACCGAGCGAUAUAAACGUAAUGUAAUAAGAGGAAAACUGGAUCUUGUCGUAUCAAUGGGAGGCACAGCUGGUUUAUUUGUAGGAGCAAGUGUACUCAGUUUUGUCGAAAUAUUUUACUAUUUUCUCAUACGACCAUGCUACAUGAGUCAGAACGUGGAGACGCCAACAAAUAACGUGAAUGAGUUUCUCUACUAA